GUUCCGCCCGCGGGAACGUGGCUGUGAUUCCGGCGCCGUCUUUGCUGUCACCGCUCCGGCAGGUAUUUCUGAAAUGAAGAAAUUUCUGUUGAUUGAUACUGAUUGUGGUGUUGAUGAUGCUCAAGCUGUAAUGAUGGCUCUGGGAAAUCCCAGCAUAGAAGUCCUGGGGAUUACUUGCACUUAUGGGAACACCCUGUUGGAAAAUACAUGUAGAAAUGUGCUCCGUGUGUUACAAGUUUGUAAUAAGCUUGAGAUUCCAGUUUAUCCUGGGGCUUCUGCUCCUAUACUUGGUGGACCUGUCUCAGGGGCAUUGUUUCAUGGUAAAGAUGGACUGGGUGAUGUUCCAGACCCUAAUGCUCCAGGAAUAGACCUUCUGCAGAAAGAAAAUGCUGUAACUGCAAUAUUAAGAAUAGCCAAUGAGCGACCAGGUCAGGUAUCUCUUGUUGCUCUUGGUCCACUGACGAAUAUAGCCCUAGCCGUGAAAAUGGACCCAUCACUUCCCAAAAAACUUAAAAAUGUGUUCAUUAUGGGAGGAAAUACUGAAUCCAAAGGAAACAUUAAAGUGUGUGGAGAAUUCAAUUUUGCAACUGACCCUGAAGCUGCUUACAUUGUCUUAAAUGAGUACACCUGCCCAAUGUAUAUUGCAGCUUGGGAGUUCACCUGUGCCUGCUCGCUGUCCUGGGAAUUCUACCAUGAAUGGGUGAAUCAGAAUACUGAGAAAGCCAUGUUCAUGAAGAAGAUAUUUGCUCAUUCUUUCAAAAUGUCAAAGUCUCGCUUAGGUUUCGUUUCUUGCGACUCCUAUGCUAUGGCUGCUGCCAUCGAUGAGAACUUUGUCACGGAAGUCACAGUAAUUGGCGUAAGUGUUGAACUCAGUGGCUCCCUAACUAGAGGAAUGAUGGUAAUGGAUUGGUCUGACCAUCUGAAAAAGGAUCACAAAGCAUUUGUAAUGAAAAACUGCGAUUUGGGGAAAUUCCAGGCACUUAUGAUGGCUGCUUUAAAAUAAAAUGGGCUCAUUGAGGUUCUGUUCC